AUGAGGAAGCCCAACACAAGAUCCACCACGCAGAGGAACGAGCAUUACCACUGCAACGGCAUUGAUGGUCAAGAAAAGUAUUUCUUCAAGGUCAUGAUUUAUGAUUUUCGUCAAACAAUGAUCAUACCUGAUAAAUUUGCGCACCACUUCAAAGGUGUGACAGCAAAAAUCGUUAAGCUAGAAUCGCGGAGCGGUUACACCUUCGAUGUUCAAAUUACUAAGAAGCUGAAUAGGUUGGUCCUUGGAUCUGGAUGGGAGUCAUUUGCUAGUGCUCAUGACUUAAAAAUGGGUGACUUCUUGGUAUUCAAAUACAAUGGGAACUUGCUGUUGCAAGUGUUGAUCUUUGAUCCGAGCGGCUGCGAGAAAGCGGCACCAUGUUCUAUGAAAAAUGCCAUUGGUCAUUUUGGACAAAGGUGGGGAGAACCCAUUGAUACUUCAAGUUUUCAGGAUCAUCAACAGAAACCUCCACAAAGUGGAAAUGAGCAUUGGAUGCAAAAGGAUAGAUCAUGUAAGGGGAAUAAGAUUGGCAAUGUUAGAUCAUCAAGCACCCCAUCCAAGUAUUCAGGUUGCAUUCUGCCUCGUGGAAUAUGUCUUCCUGAGUUUCAGGAGAAGAAGAUGAAAGAAAUGAUUCAAGCUAUCCAAUCCAAAACCCCAAUGUACGGGAGUGUCAUGACAAAAUCCAGUGUUUUUGGAAGCCAUUGUGCUCUUGUGAGUAACAGUAUCUCUUCCUGA